AUGUGGGAGAAGCUCACAACAGACGACGGCCAGGUGUACUAUUACAACCCAGACACAGAGGAGACAGCAUGGACCAUACCUGAAGGCGACCAAACGAAACAGCCGGCGUGGGAAGAGUACACCACCGAUGACGGAAGAAAAUACUACUAUAAUGAACUGACCGGAGAGACGACGUGGGAGAAGCCGGCAGAACUUGAAAGCAAAGAGGCCUACUCUGGAACGGGCAAAGAGGAGAGCGCGUUGGAAAAGGAACUCAGAAACCAGCCAGUGCGACUACCACCAGCAGCAGGAUCAGCUCCACUGCAAGGUGACAUUGAAGAUGGGAAAGUGGCAUUUGUAAAAAUGUUGAAAGAAAACAAUGUGGAUUCAACAUGGUCAUUCCAAAAAGUUAUGCGCGAACUCAUAGACAAGCCAGAGUACUGGACAGUGUCCAACCCCGUGGAAAAAAAGAAAAUGUACGAUGAUUAUUUGAUGAAUAAGUUCGAAACGGAGAUGGAAACUGGAGCCAACGACAAGGCGCACCUCGUGGAGAAUUUCAAAAAAAACUUUGCGUUGGAGUUGGAGAGGUUGCGCAAUGAAUCCAAGAUUAACCAUACCACGAGAUGGAUCUCGCUCCGGAACUUGCUUCUGGCGGAGGAAAACCCAGUGUACAAACACUCGGUGAUGGAGGAUAACGAAAUGGCUGAGCAAUUCUUUGAGUUCAGAAAGAAGCUAGCAGAGGCACACGAAAAGGAGGUGCAAGCGCAAAAGGAGCUUGCAAUUCUGGAGUUGUCGAGGUACUUGAAGCAAAUAAACACAAAGCUAGUUACCGAUUCAUCCACAUUUGAGCAACUUUUGCAAAACUUGAAAAAGGACCCGCGGUUUCAACAAAACAAGCAUUUUGAGGUGUUGAAGGAUCUUGAUAUACUAGCUCUUUAUGAGUCACAGAUAUACCCCGAUAUCAAGAAGGAGUUGAAAUCGCAGUUGAGAGUGAAGGAAGCGGAGAACUUUCGACUAGAUAGGAAAGCACGCCAGGAUUUCCGAGCCUUGUUGAACCGGUUGGAACUCACAGCAAGCACGUUGUUUGCCGAUAUUUUCGAAACAAUCGAAGACGAAGAUGCCUUUAUUGAACUAUGCGGCCGCAACGGCUCGACACCGUUGGAAUUGUUCUGGGAUGUAGUCGACCAGAAGAAACAAAAGAUUAAGCUCCAGAAAGAUUUGAUCGAGAGCGUUAUUCUCGAGUUGAAGAACAAGAACGAGUACGAUGCGCUGAUGUGGCUGUCGCAGCAGAGCUUCAACGAGAAGCUCCGACUGGCCAAGAACGAACGGUUGUCGAACUUUAAUUUGGAAGACGACGACCCCGACAUGGAGCAGAUAUACAAGACAUUGAAAAACGAAAUGGAGACGAACCAGAGCCGGGUUAGGAAGAGGAGACACGCUGAAGCUGUCGCUGACACCCAGUCCAAGCGACUCAAGAAGGAAGCACCCAAAGUGCUGUUGAAUUAUUGA